GUGCUCUCACUAGCCUUCGAUGAAAAAUCAAACAUUUGGCUGCAGCCAUUUUCAGUACUUAUUAACUGCAUGUUUCCAGUGGAAUACGUGUAUGCAGAUUGGAUUUUUUGCCAAACAAGAAGUAUUGCAAGGCGUGCAGAUCCAGAAUCUCUGGCAAGUCCAAGCGAACGUGUUAAAGAUACUGGAAGUCAAGUUGAAGGAUUUUGCAUACCUCAGCUUCUUCUCAGGAAAAGUAAUAUUGAUCAAGCCACGGCCACUACACUUGUUAUAAAGGAACGCUGGACGCCAGACUUGGACAAAAUGACAGAAAAUGAGCCCUUUGUAGAGAACAAUGAUAACAAGAUGAUACCUAUCUUCACUGCGGAACACGCAAAAGACGAUGAGAUGUACGCAAAGCUAAGGCUGACAAGCGAAUGGAAAGAUCAUCGCCCUCGUUAUAAGAACGUUUCUUACCUUCAUCAUGCAUUUCUGUUGCCUUCAUCAGAUCAUGCCUUGGCUGGUAAGACUGCAAAGACAUUUGACGGGGAAAUUCGCGAGUGGACGUACUGUCUUCAUGGGCCUGUACGUAAACUUCAAGGUGGUGGGUUUACAAACUACGAGGAGGAUGACGCCGCUGUUUUCAAGUACCCGGAUGCUUGGCCCAAGCCAGCUAUGGAAUGGUUGAGCAGACCACGCCCAAGUGGCUGGCCUUCAUCUGAACUGGUCCAGGAAAUAUUCGAAUCCGGUUGCCAUUUAGCUCCCGUUGGUAGAGGAAAACGGCUUGAAGAGCCCGUUGAUGUAUUCAAAUACUGUCGAAACCCGGAGGCCACACGGGCCAACUCUACAUUACCCAGUGCGACGGAAGACAGCUGCGAGAAGUGGGCGAUGGAUGAAACCGAAUGGCGUACCUCAUUUUCCUUGGCCGAAAAUAAACUCGGGGAAAGUAUGUCACCCGUGCAACGUCAUGUUAUUAUUUUGCUAAAGACGAUCAAGAAAUUUUAUUUCCCUGAAGUUAUUUCGACGUACUACUUGAAGAUUCUAUUGUUCUGGGAGUGUGAGAAGAGAGGUCAGGUCUUCUGGCGAGAGGACAACUCCGGAAGCUGUCUGCUGUUCAUGUUGGAUCGCCUUCAAGAGUGCUUGGAGUCGCGUCAUUUGCCUCAUUACAUCAUGCCACAAAGUAAUCUCUUGAUGUACAAAGACCCGUCUAGACUGAAAGAAGCUGCUGUUCAAGUUGCUGAAGUAAGAUGCAAUAUUUUGUCAAAGACAUUCAACUUGUUAAGAAAGCUCCAGUCCCUAACUUUUCAGUCCCAAACGUAUCUUAAAAAUGUUGGGCUGCAGUUAGAAGAGAAACUCGCAAAAAUGGACGACAAGUUCCUCUCGAAAGAAGAUCGCAUUAAGCUUUCAAGUGCUGUUCGCUCAGUCUUUGUCGGCAAGUGCAAAGAUGUUGUAGCAAGUUUACAACAGAUUUCCUCAAUGGAGCGCGAUAACAUCGACAUGCUCAGGGUAAUAAAUACUUCAUUGUAUGCUUACCAGUCAAUUCUUGCAAGAAAUUUCUGCGCGCUGUGGUUUCUCGACAGUAGUGAAAGCGACAAUCGGAAAGUACCGGAAGAGGAAGAAUUCAAUACAUUCGUAAAGCAAGAGGUUCAAGAUCUUUCUCCUGAUAAGGCAUUCUAUGAAGUAGUGAAUGCCUUUUUCGAGAGUGCCAGGAAAGGAUUGGAGCCUUCUUUAGCGAUACCUUCUACACGAAUGAUGGAAAAGCUGAGAGAGGAGCAGAUGAAAUCAGCACAAAAAGACGUAGAGGAAGCCAAAGCGGAAUUGAAAGAAAUGCUGGAUUGGCUAAAGAACAGUGAUUUGAAGUUAAUUGAAGAGAAAGUUACCAAGAAGUUUAAAGAGAUGGGUUUCUUUCCUACACAAGAGGAAAUAAAGAAAGCAAUGGACGAGGAACUCGAAGCGCUCUUUCAAGAGAGAAUAAAAAUAAACCAGGACGGAUAG